AUGGCUUCGGCGCCGGCCCCCGGCUGCCUCCUGUCCGUCCAGAGCGAGAAGCACCGGCGGGCGCGCAACUGGACCGAAGCCGAGAUGCGAGGCCUGAUGCUGGUCUGGGAGGAAUUCUUCGAGGAGCUGAAGCAGACCAAGAGGAACGCCAAAGUUUACGAGAAAAUGGCCAACAAACUCUUCGAAAUGACGGGGGAAAUCCGGCACGGGGAAGAGAUCAAGAUUAAAAUCACCAACAUGACCUUCCAAUACAGGAAAUUGAAGUGCAUGACGGACAGUGAAACCUUAGCACCCGAUUGGCCUUACUUCAAAACCAUUGAUAGAAUAUUAUCUAAAGUCCCGGAGCACAACGAUGUGAAAAUUCACGACAGCCAGCAACCAGGCCCUUCCACCUCUCAGACGGAAGCCUCGCAAUCACCCUCCACCAAAUCAGCGCCUCUCUAUUUGCCAUACAACCAGUUCCCGUACGAAGGACGAGAAGAAUUCUUCGAAGACGCCCAUUCGGAGAGCUCCUCCAGCCUAAUUUCGUAUAAAUUAAGAGCAGAAGAGCGACCGGUGAAGAAAAGGAAAGUGCAGAGCUGCAGUUUCCAGAAGAAGAAGUUGAAGCUGAUGGAGGCCAUGCUGGAAGAGCAGAAGAAGCUGAGCCGAGCGAUGGAGGAAACGUGUCGGGAAGUCCGAAGGACUUUGGACCAGCAAAACAUUAUCCAAGUCCAGAGCCUGCAGCUGCAGGAAAGAAUGAUGAAUUUACUGGAGAAAAUGAUCACCAAAGCCAACGUUUAA